GAAAUGUUUCCUGGCUGGCAACAGAGUAAGAACCAUCUUCUCACAUUAUUUUGGUGUAGAGGAUCAGACUUGGAAAUAUUCCACUUCACUGGUGUUAAAGUAUCCCUUGAAUGAGAAUGGUGUAAAAGGCACAGAGUGUUAUCUUACAGGAAUUCUGGGGGUGUAGAAGAAGCCUAACAGAACAAUUUAUACACCAGAAGACCAUCCAGCCAAUGAUGAAAACAAAGACGUUAUCACCCACUGGAAGUUAUAAUUGACAGCACCAUGUCCUCUAAAAUGACCAAACUAGACACUGCUUCCUCAGAGAAAUGGGAACAGAAGAAGCAGCGUAAUGUCUUGAAGAAACCGAGUGACCUACCCUUCAUCAGCACUGUCUGUCACUUGGUUUCCGCUAAAUAUACCUCCAUCAAAAAGAGACACUCAUGCUUCAAACUUAAGCUUACUGGGACAGCGAAAAGAGGGAAGCCCAUCAAUGAAGUUGUAAUCAGCAGUGCACAACCAGUGCUGACAACCCUUGAGCCCCAGGCUGCAACAGGAAAAUGUAAGGGUCUAGAUUCAGCGCAGGAGAAGCCACCUGUUCAUUGUGAAACCACUGAGCAGGUUGUUUCAGAUGCAAAGAACCUCAUGAUGUCUUCCAAAGUGAAGGAUGCAAAUGACGCUAUGGCCGACACAAUAAUAGUGGUUGUAGGCCCGACCAAAGACACCAUCCAAGCCAGUCUAGGGACCACCCAGUCAGCAGCAAUUAAUGCAUUUGCAGAAGAAGAUGGAGUGGCUUCUGCUCAGCAGCAGCAAGUGUAUGGCAAUUACCCAGCGCAUUUGGGCACCGGGAUGACCCAGUUCCAGCAAUAUGCUUACCAGCAUUUCCACAGCAUGGUGAGGGGUGCCGGCCAAACCAUCUGGGAGGCUCUUCAAACCAGUUACCUGAAUGUCCUGAAGAGGGUGGCCAGUCUCCCUGUGGUCAGCACUGCCUGUGACCUGGCUGCCACGGCCUACACCUCCACCAAGGAGAGCCAUCCCUAUGUGAAGUCUCUCUGUGACAUGGCAGAGAAGGGAGUGACCUCCCUAACCAGUGUUGCAGCCAGCAGUGAACAGCCAGCUCCACCUGCACUUAUGCAGAGCUUUCUAUGUGUGACACAAGCAGACUCUGUUCCUGUUGCCUCUGAAGAGCCAGAGAAAGUGGAGGAGAAUCUACCAACCAUUCAACAGACAGCUGAGAAGGCCAUGUCUGAUGCACAGGAGAUGGUAUCAUCCAGACUGACAGAUGUCAAGGAGAGCAUGAUCAGAGUGGUAGACCUGACCAAGGAGGCCAUGCAGGAUGGCAUGAAAACAACUAGAUCUGUGGUAGCAGAGGGCAUGAGCACCAUUGCAGACUCACGAAUGGGCCAGCUUGCCAUAAGUGGGAUGGAAGCAGUGCUGGAGAAAUCUGAAGCGCUCUUGGAUCACUAUCUUCCCAUGACUGAGGAUGAACUAGCGGAACUUGCAGAACCUGUGGAAGGGGCUGAAGUGUCUGCGGCACAACCACAAGAGCAUCGCAGCUACUUUGUGCGUUUAGGUUCCCUGUCCACCAAACUCCGCCAGCGCGCCUACCGCUAUUCCCUGGACAAGAUGAGACGCACCAGUCACAGCAUCAGUGAGGCGCUUUCCCAGCUUCAACAAACCAUGGGACUGAUUGAACAUUCCAAGCAAGGUGUGACACUACAGGAUGUCCAGGAGAAGUUCCAGCACAUGUGGCUCAACUGGAAGCAGCCAAAAGGCAGUGAGAUCAGAGACUUGGCCAACCCAGAGAUGGAGUCUGAGACUCUGGCCAUGUCCCGCAGCAUUCUCCAGCAACUGCAGGAUGCCUGCCGGGUGCUAGUAUUGAGCAUUCAAGGGCUCCCUGCCAACUUCCAGGACAAGGUGCAACAGGUGUCUCGCAAUGUGGGAGAGCUGCAUGCUUCUUUCUCCACUGCCCGUUCCUUCCAGGAUCUCUCCAGCAGCCUCCUGACCCAAAGCCAGGAGAUGGUGACCAAGGCUCAGGAAUAUGUGGAUGAGUUGAUGGCAUAUGUGAUGCAGAAUACACCUCUGUCUUGGAUUGUGGGACCCUUUGUUCCAUUGAGGAAGGGCUCUGAUUCCCUGGAACCCCAAAUCCAAGAAACUGAAGCUAAAGCUAAGGAAGUGGAAAUUGUAGCAGCAUCCAAAACUGAUAAGGAAGACCUGUGACCUGGAAAAACACAAUUUCAACUUUCACCAUGAAUUUGUGGACUCAUGCUUCCGACUCCUUUGGCUUUGUGUGCACCAGUCUACUUCUUCUGCAGGAUGGCUACUAUAACCUCUACCUAGAUUUCUGGAGGUACUAAUCCUCACCCUCCCUAGGAAGGGAUAUGGCUAAUGUACUUCAGCUGUCUCCUGGCCUUGUGUCCCCGAUGUUUAAAUCUGAGGGAAGGAUUGUUUAACUGUCAGGCUGUAGAUUAUUCAGGUGAAUGAACUAUACUUCUAAUGCUACAUGUUUGUUCUUGACAUGACCCUUCAAAAUAAAAUGUCACUGCAUUUGAA